AGUUUCCGGUUGCGUAUGUGACACAGUAGUUCUGAGAGUUUGAAAUUAAGAACCAGAAUGAGAUUAUGACGCUGUCUUCUGGUUGUAAGAUACUGGUAUUUAAGCUUCUCGACAUCACUGUUCAUCUCCAAGAAACCCGCAUUUCCAAACAUGCCUCAAUGUCAGCCUCAAGCCGACACCUUCAAGGAGCCCUCCAGCAAAGCCGAGGCCAAGCAGCAGAUGGCAGAGCAGCAAUAGGAGGAGAGGAAAGAACACUCCAAUAGUGGUGCGAACACGCAGACGGGUCACCAUGCAAACAUUGUCAAGGAACCUAAGCAAGACUGAGGAAUCAUUCCUUGGGAAAACAUCAAGACAUAUAAAGCGGUUUUGUACCCUUUUGACAAUUUAUCUUCUCUCGAUCAUCUUUCUCCAUGCUAAUGAUGUCGAUCUGAAUGUUGAAAUGAAGUCAGUAAGGGAAUACUCCCGUAAUAUUGCGAUUCACCGAUAUAGUCGAGUAAUGAUUGACAUCAUUUUGAAUCCUUCUAAUCUCUAAGUCUUCCU